AUAGCUCUCCUAGCUCUUCGGUUCCGUGCUCUCUCCCUUUAAAUUGUCUCGGUACUUUCCGGAAUUGCUCGGCACUGCUCGUCAUCCCCUUUCACUGCGGCUCCAUCGCCGAGCGGACUGGCCCGCUGCUCUCAUCCGAGACCUCAGUGCACAUUGUCGGAUCUAUUAAACCACCAACGCCGGUUCCCUGAAAGCCUUCGGCUCCUGUAGAAAUGCAGGCUAUCAAAUGUGUGGUGGUGGGUGACGGGGCGGUGGGUAAGACCUGUCUGCUUAUCAGCUACACCACCAAUGCCUUCCCUGGUGAAUACAUCCCGACUGUCUUUGACAACUACUCUGCCAAUGUGAUGGUGGAUGGGAAACCAGUGAAUCUGGGCCUUUGGGAUACAGCAGGACAGGAGGACUACGAUAGGCUCAGACCACUGUCUUACCCACAGACGGAUGUGUUCUUGAUAUGCUUCUCCCUGGUCAGUCCGGCCUCCUUUGAGAACGUCCGAGCUAAGUGGUACCCUGAGGUGAGACACCACUGUCCCAACACACCCAUCAUCCUGGUAGGCACCAAGCUGGAUCUGCGAGAUGACAAGGACACCAUUGAGAGGCUGCGGGACAAGAAGCUUUCCCCCAUCACCUACCCACAGGGCCUGGCCAUGGCAAGAGAGAUUGGGGCUGUGAAGUACCUGGAGUGCUCCGCACUGACCCAGCGAGGCCUGAAGACGGUAUUCGACGAGGCCAUCCGAGCCGUGCUGUGCCCUCCGCCGGUCAAGAAGAGGGGGAAGAGGUGCACCAUGUUCUGAGGAGGAAACAUUGCUAAAACACUACACUACAUCACCAUAUUACAACAACCACUACUUCUCUGAGAGGAUUUGAGGGAAAACUAGCAAGAGUGAGUGUACACUGCUGAGAUUGCUUUCUUUAUAUUGAUGUUUUUUCAAAGCGGUCUAUUGGUCUCGUUACCAAUAUUUAAUCCAGUUUUUUUACCAUUACUGAAUAGGCUCAUAGGUUCUCUGUGAAAGACAUUGACUGUCCAACUACUUUGUACUUAUAGAACCACAUCAAAGUUGCCACGAGGGCCUGACAAAAGGUUUCUAUUACUCGUCUUCAUACUGCAACAUCUCUUCUUUUUCAGCCAUGCUUGCUUGAAUUAAUGCAGUGUUGACUAGAUAGAAAGUAAAACUAUGAAUACGCCUUCGGGUCUGAAGUUACCCUCAGCUCCUGGUCUAAGAUCAGCAUGUGAAGCCCAAAUGCAUACUACUGGCAUGCACACAGAAAUUGGUUGCUACUGACAGGAAAUACAGAGGACUACUGCCUUCAUUCACUAAAUUUCACAAAUAGAGCACGGUGUCUUAAAUGGAAAUAAUGGGGGUUUUCUACAAGAAAUGAGAACUCUGGAUGAGGAAAUUCUGGUUUUAUUACAACCUGGGUCUUCUUUUUGCAGUUUUAGCCUUCAUUCCAAUCAGUAACAAUGUUGCACUCACCAGAUUUAAGAAGACAAAGUCAGAUGAGUAAAAAAAAAACUCAAGAAAGGGCUUUAACGCAACUCCAGCGAAUCUGGGACCAGGUAGUGUUUCAGUUUAGAAAAGCUGUAUCAUUGGACAGAGAAAGGUCAAAGAAAUGGGGGUUUAAUGGGGGCCCAGUUGCCUUUUUGUUGCAUAUAACCUUAGAGGUUAAGAUGGCCAUGGCUAUUUAAUGUGUGCAAUGUAAUUGAUACUGACAGGAAAGA